AUGCCACCACCAAUCAUCCUCUUCACCUACGACCUAUCUGUCUUUGGGAGGAAGACGGAGUGGGUGCUGACUCUCAAAGGUCUAAAGUACUUCCGCUGCAUCGUGCUCAACCGCCUUCCUCGCCCUGUGCUGCAACAACUGGGCAUCCAGUACAGGCGAAUCCCUAUCCUGGCCAUCGGCCGCGACAUAUACUGCGACACGAGACUCAUCAUUGACAAGCUCGAGGAACUGUUUCCCGACAACAGAAUCAGCAGCACAACUCCCUUCGAGAAGGGUCUGGAGCACCUGUUCGAGAACUGGCUGAUCGAUGGAGGCCCGUUCUGGCGGACAGCAGGCCUCAUCCCCCCCACGGCGGAGGUGGUGCAGGACAAGGAAUGGCUGGCCGACCGGACGAAUAUGACGGGUCGCAAAUUCGACGUUGAGACACUGAAACAGGGCAGGGCUGAAUCCCUGGCACAUGUGCGCAUGUACUUCACCCAGAUGGAGCACGAAUUGUUGGCCGAUGGCCGAGAAUACAUUUUGGCCACGAAGGAACCAACGGUGGCGGACAUUCACGUCAUCUGGACGUUCGACUGGGCUCUCCAGGACCAAGGGCACAUGCUGGAGUGUCUGGAAAAGGAGGUCAUCGGGGAAGACCAGUUCCCCAGGACGUUCGCAUACGUCGACCGGUUCCGCAAGGCCAUGGCGAGCAAGGAAGCGCAGAACGGUGUCGCCGAAGCGUUGUCCUCAGCGGACGCCAUCCGACAAAUUCUGGCUUCGGAGUUCUUCGAGAAGCAGGGCACGAUCGACCCGAGAGAUCCGCUGAAGCUAAGGAAGGGGCAAGUGGUCAAAAUCUGGCCGGUCGAGUCCGGUUUCACGCACCAUGACAGAGGUGAGUUGGUGUCGAUCGGGGUGAAGGAGGUGGUCAUUUCAAGUAGGCCGAACGUGGGCGAAGGGAGAUUGAGGCUUCACUUCCCCCGGGUGAAUUUUCGGAUCAAGCCGGUGGAGGAGCCGAAGUUGUAG